CGUCAUGGACUACGACCGCGUCAUCGUCAUGGACAAGGGGCGCGUGGUGGAGUCCGGGCACCCGUACGAGCUGCUAACCAGCGCUGCGGGCAAGCCAGACCUGCCGCCCAGGAGGACACUGCUCACUAAGAGCCAAGCGCCGCUGGCGAUACCCGAGAACUUCCCGUUCGAGGACCGUCCAAAGGACAGCGACCUCAACGAGACCUUCGUGCUCUCCCGCGACAGGGUCAGGACAUACUCCAAUAGGUCGGAGGCGAGCGAGCAGGAGGGCGGCAUCUUCCGGUCGCUGGUGGAGCAGACCGGCCCCGAGACCGCCGCCUUGCUGCACCGCAUGGCGGAGGAGAGCUACAAAAAACUGCAAGAAAAAAAGAAGACGUCCUAAAUGUGGUUUUUACACCAAAAAAAAA